AUGGCGACCUCGCAGCUCUGCGACGCCAGCCAGUUGGGGUAUAACCAUCAGAACCCUCCUAUCACGAACAGUACGCCGCCAUAUCGCACAGACAAUGCAUUGGAGAAUGGUGUACAUGGUACUGCCCGUGCCGAGACGAGAGCUGCAGCUUCUCAGGAUCCCUUCACAUUCUACAAGACGUAUCUUGACACGGACUCACCACUACUCGGCGCGCCGGACUAUAUCGAAUCGGAUGAUGAUAGUUACACAUGCCACUCAGGAGCUGCGGCAGCCCACAAUGGUUCGGUCGAUGAUGCCCAACCACAAGCCAGAGGUCACACCGCUGCGUAUAAGCUCGCCGUACGCCUGGCGAAUCGUUCCAAUGGUGCUCCGCUUGCUACAAUCAUCGAGCAUGGCUCGUAUUCAACGCUGAACUCGCAUGGAUCGCUGCUUAGCGUGGGUCGCUUCCCGUCCAUCAAGGCCGCAGAGAAUACUUCGCCCAACCGAGGAUCACGACAGAGAUCACGCAGUCUCGACGAGAAAGCUUUGCAUAACAUUCAGGAAGAUCUGGCUCGAGAGCUUGAUGCCUCCGCAGUGGCUGUGCCGCCAACAAGACUAAAUGAGGAGCACGGAGCAGCAGAUCCAGCAAGCAGCACCGCCACACCUCUGACGUCACACCGCUUUGAGCUACAACAAUCUCCAGUCUCUCAUUCUGGCGAUGAGCUGUUCGACCACGAUCACGGAGGAGUCAGAGGAUUCAUUCGCGGCGUUUUGCAAAACGUGCGCGGCGUUUCGAGGACUCGGUCUCGAUCGUCCUCGACGCCGCAUGCGCCUAUCAUGAACCAUCGGGAUAGCCCGCUCUCUACGCGUGAGAGCAGCCCCCGGGUUGAUCAGCAAGACCAGGGUCCCCGUAGGGCCCAUAUAUGUGGCGACAUCUCAGCCCGUGUACCUGAAGGUGUGGCCGUCGUGCCAACCCCUGGAAAUCGGACGAGAAAUCGCGCGAUUUCUUCUUCGGGCCCUGAGCUUCCAGCUCACGUGCGCUUACCUCUUGCAAGAUCUCGCUCCCAAGUUUUCGAGUCGCAUACUGCUUUUGGUUCUAUACCUCCUGUGCUGCCUUACCGAAUUGCAACGCGCUCGCAUGAGUGGCCCUUCUCGACGCCCGUUGUACACGCAGGAACACGCGAUGUGGCGCGAAGAGAUGGCAUGAUUCAAGCCUCAACGUCUCAUCAUGACAUUUUUGACACCUCAGCUCGCUACACGGUCGACGGUGUUCCCUUGUAUCAUGGACAACCGUCUUCAAUGAGGGAUGCUAGCAGUGCAAGGGAGGUGUUCACAAGUCAGAACGCCAGCUUUUGUAGCACCAUUACUUCCUCAUACUCUGGCACGGUGCUGGGUGUCGACCUCGACCUGCAACAUGACUUUAGCCACCCAAUUUGUCGUUCGCAAUCCCCGCCCACACCUGUAUGGUUCACGCCGCAGAUGGCAGAACUCGAACGACAGGCUUCACUUUCGGAUUCACCUGAGUCUGGGGAAGCACUCUCGCCGAGUCAUGCUCCGUCUCAUCACAUCACUUCGUCUGCGCUAACCUCUCUGCUACCCAUAGCUGCAGCAUCUGGAAUCGUGCGGCCGAACUACAAUACGCCGAAGAUCUCUUUCUACUCGCCAUCUGGCAAUCUCAUUCAGCCCGAGGGCAGCUCCCCUCAGAGAACCAGCCCGUCGAUAUACGGAGGCUCACCAAUAAUCUCAUCGUCUUAUUAUAAUAGGGAGAACGUCAAUGCAGGAUCAUCUGCUGAGAGCCUGCCUAUUCGACCGCCUCUUGUAUCCAUGACUACGCUACCUGCCCACAAUACUCCGCUUCCAUCGCACUUGCGGCACCAUCAUAACAAUCGUCGACCUGAGAUGUCCCGAAUGUGCUCCCGCGAGUCAUGUGUCACCCCGAAAGGACCAGUCAAAGGCUGUGACGGUAUGGUGCGCGAGAACAGCCUUACUCCGCGAAGCGGUGUCUUCUUCCCUCAUGGCAAGGACAAGGUCCAUCGCUCGGUCAAGCUCGCUAUGCAUGAUCUGAAAGUCGAGGUAAAGUUCUACAAGGCACGUUUCAUUACUCUCGCGGCAGCCCACUCCUUUGCGCCCUCCAUACCCAAGGGCAGAGCCUUGCAGAAGCGGCACAUUCACAACUACAACACGUACUCUAAGAAGCCUCAUAUACAAAGUGGAGAGAGCCGGAAAGGUGGAUACAGACAGGACGUGCUUCGGCCUCUGGCUGCUCACGCAUUGCGGGUUUGCUUCUGCCAACCGUGUGACGGUGCAGGAAGGCCGACAUGCGCCACUGCCGUGGGCGCAUGUAUGACCAGUAAAGGAUUCUCCACGAGUGGGAAACCAAUGGUCGAUCAGCACACGAAGGAUGCUGAACGUUCAUUGCCCAACGCAAGGAUCGUUGGCGGCGGGAGGUGUAGUGAGGGUGGACACACGAAGCGGGCGGCGAGGAGGGAUGGCGUGGUCGGCAGCAUCACUCGAUGA